AUGUCCUUCAAGAAGGAGACGCCGCUCGCCAAUGCUGCAUUCUGGGCCGCGAGGAGGGGGAACCUGGCGCUGCUCCGGCUGCUGCUCACCAGCGGGCGUGUGGACGUGGACUGCAGGGACAGUGGCGGCACCUCGCUCCUCAUGGUCGCCUCCUACGCCGGCCACAUCGAUUGCGUGCGGGAGCUGGUGCUCCAGGGCGCCGACAUCAACCUCCAGAGAGAGUCAGGCACCACUGCCCUGUUCUUCGCCGCCCAGCAGGGCCACAGCGACGUCGUGCGGCUCCUCUUCCAGUUCGGUGCGUCCACGGAAUUCCGGACCAGAGACGGGGGCACGGCCCUAUUGGCCGCCAGCCAGUACGGGCACCGGCAGGUGGUGGACACCCUCCUGAAGCACGGCGCCAACAUCCACGACCAGCUCUACGACGGAGCCACUGCCCUCUUCCUGGCUGCCCAGGGCGGCUACCUGGAUGUCACUCGGCUGCUGCUGUCGUCCGGAGCGAGAGUCAACCAGCCGAGGCAGGAUGGGACAGCUCCACUGUGGAUCGCGUCGCAGAUGGGCCACAGUGAGGUGGUGAGGGUGAUGCUGCUGCGGGGAGCCGAGCGCGACGCCGAACGGGACGACGGCACCACGGCGCUGCUGAAGGCGGCCAACAAGGGCUACCACGCCGUCAUCGAGGAGCUGCUCAAGUUCUCCCCCAGCCUGGGCAUUCUGAAGAACGGGACGUCGGCGCUCCACGCCGCAGUGCUCAGCGGGAACAUCAAAACCGUCAAGCUGCUCCUGGAGGCAGGGGCGGACCCGGCCCUGAGGAACAAGGCCAACCAGCUCCCAGCAGAACUCACCCAGAACGAGCGCAUCCUGAGCCUCCUCGGAGGCAAAGGCGGGCACAGGAGGAGCUACCUCAGCUGCAUAUUUGACUGA